AUCCUGGAAAACGUUGAACGGAUAGCACAACCUGAGUAUCAACCAAAUGCUGAUGACAUCAUGCACGUCCGUCUUGCUACGAUUGGGAUGGAGGAGUACAACAUCGAUGUGGGUCCAGAGAAAUGGCGUGUAUGCGAUCCCGGCGGAGUCAAAGGAAAGCACGAUAAUUGGCUUCCACACUUUGAGGAUUCCGGAGCCGUGGUAUUCGUUUGUGCCAUCUCCUCAUUCAAUGAGGUCCUUCGAGACGAACCUGGUACAAACAAGAUGGUAGAAGCCUUGAAAUCGUUCGAAUCGAUCGCAAAAAAUGGUAUCCUGGCUAAAGUCGCAAUCGUCGUACUUUUCAACAAGUGUGAUGUGUUGGCAAAGAAACUGAAAAAAGGUCAAGUUCAGGUUUCCCAGUACUUCCCCAAAUUUGACGGCAACAACGAAGUUCAGGACGUGAUCCGAUAUUUUGCAAGCCAGUUUUCGAAACUGAACGCGUUCCCAAGCCGCAAAAUCUACAUCCAUUCUACGACUGCUAUCUCGAAAUCUGCGGUGUGGUUGAUGACACAGUAA